AAAGGUGAGGCCCGGUUUCAGGCGACCUAGAGUUUAGAGAAUGAUUAGGUGUGAGAAAGGGAUCGCGGGUACGGGUGGGGCAAUGGACGAGAACCUGGCCUCACAGGAUUGGGAGUGAGGGCCAUGGGUAGAGAGUGGUGGCUCGAGGGUCGCGGACUGAAGACCCUGGAAGAUGUGCGUUGGGCUGCUCGAAGGAAACCGGAUUGAUCGGGAUAGGCGACCUUUGGUGGCGGAGGGACCCUGCCGGGGUCGGUAGGCCGUGCCCGGCAGGGACAGGGCCCUGGCCAGCCUGGGCAGCGUGGGCCUCGGCACUGGGGAACGAAAGGCCGGAGAGACCGAGCGGCCGAGUCCAGCGCUGGGUGCGCAGGCCGCUGCGUCGGCUGCAGUGCACCGCGCCCGGGCCGGCUGUGUCUUCGGCCUCCGGGGUCCGCAUGGAGUCGCGGCUCGCCCGGGAGCAGGGCGGCCGAUGCAGCCCCGAGGCAGGAGCAGAUUGACCCUGCGAGCCGCUGCGGGGCAGCCCGAGCCCCUCCCAGAGCGGAGCAUUGGCGCGGAGCGGGGCGGGGGCGGAGGGCAAGGGAGGCGGGUCCCCUGACCCCGCUGGAGGCGAGAGGGCAGAUCGGAUUUGGAGCCUGCGGGAGGCUUGGUCAGAAGUGGCCCCCUGUGCCGCGGGGCCCCGCGGAGGGGCCCGGCUUUGUGGAGGAUUAGAAGCUCCCGCCCCAGCCCAGUACCUGCGUGUGUGUCGGUGGGUGUCUGUGUGUGUCUGUGCACAUGGAUGCUCCCGCCUCUGAGGCUCUUACAUGUCUAUGCACCCGUGUCUCUGUGCACACACACAAUUUUUCCGCGUCCCUGCGACAGUCUGGGCUCCGAGUGGCUCCGAGUGUGUGAAUCUGUGUCCCCUGCAUCCGUGUGUGUGUUUGGAUGUGAAUCUGCUGGGCCUUACAUACCUCCAUCUCUUCCGUGUUUUUGUAGGUCUUUGUGUGUGUCCCUGUGUCUGUCACUCUAUGCGGGUGCCACGGUCUUUGUAUGUCUUUCAUCCUCCGUAUUGUGUCUGGGAUCCUUUUCUGUUUAUGUGUCUGCGUGUCACCUUUGUGUGUCUUUGUGUACCUCCGAGUUUCCGAAUGAUUCUGUGUGCUCGUGUGUCCCACAGUUUUCUUCGUGUGUGUGUCUUUGUGUCUCCGUGUAUUUCUUGAUUUCUUGGCGUUUUUGUAUCCAGGACGGUGGUAAGUAGAUGUGGAGUUUCUCUCACACGCCCUUGGUCCCCGGUCCUUGCGCAGCCUGGAAACCCCAGGCCUUGAGCUCCCGAGGCUGGGCCUGGGCCGCCCGCUCCGGGCAUCUGGGACGGGGGCGCGACAGCUGCCGGGAGAAGCCAGGCGGACGAGGCUCGGGCGCGCAGAGCCGGGCGGCGCAGAGCCCGGCGCAGGGCUGGCGGACCGAUCGGGGGCAUUCUGCCCUCUGCUGGCAGCGCUACGUUCUUGCACCCGCUGUCGGGCGACUGCCUGCAGGCGAGAGGGUCCAUGUUCCAGGCCCAGAUCGAUCCUCUCUUCUCCUUCAGAGCGCACUUAGGAAUCCUCUUCCAUCGAUUAGGAAUCCUAUUCCAUCACAGGCCCUGCAGACCCACCCUAGACUCCAAAUUCCCGGUACAGCGUUGCAUCCCCCUGCCCCUGUUUUCCAAUCCCCACCUUCCGUGUGCCGGGCCUCUUCUCCGCACUUCUCUUCUCCCCUUUGGCGGAAUGGGGGCCUCUGUGGCCCGGCCUCUGAGGCUUCUCUUGACUCCCUGGCUGGCGUUCAGAGUCGUCGAGACUGCCCAGGGUCGCAUUCCCAGGCCGCCCAAAGGCCGGGUCUCCAGGCAGAAGGACGUGCAGGCGGCCCCCUCGGAUGCCACGGCUCAUCUGACCUGGGGCGCACAGAAUCUUGGCAUGUCACCCCGUGCCCCUGCCGGCGUCACAGCCCACACCACCAGGGCCUACAUCAGGAGGGCCAAGGCAGGUGCUCAGAGCUGCCCGCAGCUGCCGAGGUGCGGGUCUGGACCCAGGCAGCUGGCUGCUCUCUCUGGUCUGGAAGUGGGGCUGCUCAGGCCACGAACCUGGGGUCCCGUCUCCUCGUCCUCCCCGCUCACUGUGCAUUAAUCCCCCCACCCACCCCGACUUUGGAUCAACCCAUAGGUCCUGUUCCUUGCCCUCUGUCCCGGCUCCCCGGUCCCUCAUUCCCCCAGCUGAGUCGGCGGCGUCCCGGCUCCUUCGCACACGCGCUCAGACGCCCCAGGUCUCUUUCAAGCACAAUCGUGGCUCCUGCGCCUCCCGCUUCCCCUGAUGAAAACGUGGCAGACUGAAUGGUAGAAACAGGGCCUAGGCCCGAAGUCGGGUACUGCCCAUAGGCGGCGAGUGGCAUCUUGCUGCGCCUGACGGGAGCCGGUGCGAUCCAGGACCUGCCGAUUCCCCAGGGCAACCCCGGGCGCUCCGGCCGAUACGGGAUUCUCUCUGGCUCGGACUAAAGCGUCAGAAACAGCUUCAGAUUUUCUCCACCUAAGGAAAGACCGAGUCGGCUGUUUGGAAUCACUUGGGAAGAAGCAAGAUCUGAGAUGGAGGCUCUAGGGCGGGAGUCAGCUCCCCCAAUUCUGCAGACACCCCAUCUCCACUGAGCCCUUCCCUGUGCCUCCCUGCUCCUUUCCGUAGGGCUUUGCACUCCCGAAGCCUGCCUUCGCUACCAGCGGCCCACAGGCACGGCCCUAGGACCCCCCUCUCCCCCCAGCGGAGGCCUGUCCGUCCUCCCUCGAGCGGUGCUUCUGACCAGAGCCAGCCGCGGGGUCCCCUCCCAGUUUACAACCCCAGCUGGAAGUGAGAAUCCUGGGCAGGGGUGGAGUACAGGGAGCUGCCCAGCCGAGUGCUGUGCAGCGUGAAGGCGCGGGCGCUGAGCUGCAGGGAUCCGCGAUUCCACCCUGCCAGCAGGGAGAGUUGGGGCUGCCAGAGCACCCGGACCCGUCCCGCGCUGCCCGCCCACCACUGGCCCUGGGGCUCCUCAGAUCCGCGGGAGGGAGCCAGGUUGGACCAGAGCCGCCCCCAGCCAAGGGCCGGGCUGGGGGCUGCUAUUCCCAGGUCGUAGCCGGGCUCCGGAGACCUGCGUGCUCAGGAAGUGGAGCCGGCCGGCACUGGAAGAGGGCGGGUGUCCCGGCCUUUGGAGCCAGUGGUGACCACCCUUGGCUCCUUGGAUCGCAUCUGUACUUGACCCCAGGACACAUGGGUCAAAGGCUCAGUCCCCUUCUCAGCUAGCAGAGACAUGGAUGUGUGUGAUAAGUAAUCUGGUCACCUUCCCACAGCCCAGGGAAAAGUGUCUGUGGAGAGCUCAGAGAUCCUGAGCCCUGUGGAGGUCCACAGAGAGGAAUGACUGGGGAGGUCCAAGCUGGGGUCCCUCUGACUCAGGACUGGAAGCAUGUUCUCACUCUCCCAUCUGGAGUUUUCUAGGCUGAGGUGGCAGGGAAGGAGAUUUUAGUCGGACCUUGCUGAUGAGGCCCAGUGUGUGUGGCUCUGAGGCUGUGUGCUGAUGUGUGUCUGUAUGCAACGUCGGGACCGCCCAGCUCCAGCAAAGUCCUUCUGCCCUCUCUGCAGCCUUGCCCCACCCUCAACCAGCUGGUGGGGUCUCUGGCCACAGACUCAUGACUUCUCAGCACAAGGUCUGGGUCAUUAGUCAUGGGAUUUCUCCCUGGUGGGUCAGGAGAUCAGGCUCCCUCAGAUCCGAAGGCUGCUUUGAGCCCUCGGGGCUAGCGUGGCUAGCCACCCUGGCCAGGUGGCUCAGGGCUAAGGUCUUUCACUGGCCGGGCAGUGGUUAGAAGUGAGGUCAAGAGCAGGUGUCAGGGAGUCACCAGAUCUGGCUCAGGACCUCUGGAAAGUCCUGCCCUCUCUCUCUACCGCAGCUUUCUUGUCUGUAAAGUGGGCAUAAUAAUAGCAUGUAUUCCCACAGGGUUGUUGAAUGCAAUUCAAGUGCUCACCACAGUGCCUGGCACUUAGCAAGUCUCUACUCAACUAUUGGCUGAAAGAGAGUCCCCAGGACUUAGGGAAAUCACAGCUGCCUCCUCCCCCUCCAACAAGGGCCAGAGGGGAACCAGACACACGCUGAGCUCAGCAAUCUCUCUUCCUUUAGGGCAGGUGAAACUCAGGUCCAGGCAGCUGUGGGCUGGGCACACGAGACCCCCCAGGCAGUGCCUAGACAGCCAGCACAGACAGUCUCAGCCUUCACUACUUGCUCGGGCUGUGGAGCGCAGGCUGGGGUUUUUUGGAAGGCAACAAGAUUAAGGGCUUCAGCCAGUGCAUCAAAACUGUGUAUGUGGGACUCUCAAGGUGCCAUUUAUAUUUAUUUCUUAAAAGGCACUUUCCUCAAGAAUCUUUGCAUUUCUUGCCAAAUGGAUGGGUUGGGUUAUUUCAGCAGCCCAUCUAGAACCAGGGGCUUUCCCAACAGAGGACCUGAACCAGAACAAAGAAAAGGCCAAGGACCAUAUUUGGAGCCAUAAAACCCCCAUUAGGACACUAAGAACAACUCGCAGAAAGACAUUUUAUAUGAAUUGGACACAAAUUCACAAAAGCAAGAAAGUUCAUUCGUCUCCACCCUGAGGGUCCAUGGCUGGGGAAGGGGACUGGGUGUGAUAUGGGGGUGAGCGCCCAUCCAAUUUGAUCUUUAUCUUAAAUCCACUUCAAAAGCUGGGGAUCAGCAGAGUUGGAGGUUUGCCUCUUCCUGUAAUUAUUUGGUGUCUAGUAAAGUUUUUAUGAGUGUCUGUGCAAAUAAAUGCAUUUGAUGUGCAUUUGUUUGGGCUAGUGCUGCUUUAUAUAGGAGGCGUGUGCGUCUUCCGUUGGUCCUCAGAAAAGAAUGAGAGUGAAAAUAAAAAUAAAAUCAAGAUAUCCGGCCCAGGGAGAGGGGCGGAGCCGAGGCAGUCCCACUACAGACCGACACCCCUCUGACAAGGGCUCGUGGGCACCGGGAUGCCGCCAAAUGAGUUUGCAGCCUUUGGGUUUCCUGUGUAGAGUUGCUCGGGGCUGGGAGGUGGGCUUGGUGAAACACAGAUUCUAGGAAGGCUUUUUUUGGAAACAGAACUCUGCCUGUCUUUUGAUUACUGUCCUCUGGGUAUCCUUGGUGAAGAAAAAUGAAUAAUAGACAAGGGUGAGUUUUGGGGUUGUCACGUUAUCAUUUAAGUGGCAGGGUAAACCUACUUCUCUGGAAUUUGAGCUCAGCAGAAUCUGGUGGCGCGGCAGGUUGAACGGAGAUAUGGCUCCCCGGCCCUCUCCGGACAAGGUGGCCGGGGUGGGACAGGAUAGGUGUUCCUCCUGUGUGGCUCGGGAAAGCAGGGGUGCUCCCUAAGGGCCAGGAGCCAAUCCAGGGUGUCAGGGGCUAGGAGCAUCCAUGCCCGUCUCACGUGUCCACCUGGCACCCAGGAUGCAGCCUGCAGGUGCAUUCAGUUUAGCCCAUGCUGGGUUGUCUCUCCUCCCAGCACUGCAGUCCUGAUUUAUUUGUUCUAAAAUUAUUUUAGCAUUUUACUGAAGUAUGAUAUACAUAUAGAGAAGUGCACAGUGCAUAAAUUUACAAAGGGGACACGGUGAUGUCUCCGACACCCCAAUCAAGAGAGAGAAUGUUCUGGCUCCCCAGAAUCUCUCCUCAUCCCCCCCACCUCCAGGCACUACCCAUCCCUUCUUCCAAGGAAACCACUAUCUGGUUUCUAACACCAUACAUGAGUUUCGUCUGUUUUUGAAUUUUAUAUAAGCAGAAUCGUAGAGUAUAUGUGUCUUACCAGACUUUAAUCAUGAGAUUUUGCAUGAAAAUAUGGAUUUUUCUCCUGAAACAUCAGAGGUCUGAUUAUCUUGGACCCUUAUUCCAGCAGGGUGUUGAUAAUCUGGGGCUGAAUUGUGCCCUUCCUCCCUCCCCCCAGUUAACCCCCACUCCCACCCUGCUCCAGGCAGGACACCUGCCCUCUUCAGUGUCUGGCUUGGUGACUCCUGCUGUAAACCUAUGGCUUCUCCCGUGAUCUUCAACCCCUCCUCAAAAGGAAUUAACUGUGUGUACACUGGGGAAGUACAUCCAGAAUCUUCUCUUAUCUCAGUCCCUUCAUCUACAUCCAGUACCCUCUGAGGUAGAAAUCAUGAGACCUUUUAACAGGUGAGGAAAUCACCGCCUCAGAGAGGUGAAAUCACUUGGCCGGGGUCACACAGCAUUGUAAGUGUCAGAUCCUGGAUUCAAACCUGGAUUGGCCAGACCCCAAACCUCAGGCUCUUGUCACCUCCCCACAUGGCUCCCCUGGGCAUCCAGGCCCAGGCGUGAACAAUCCCCUUCUGCCUCCUUCUAGCGGGGAGGAAGCUGGACUUUUUCCAAAGGAAACGCUGGGAAACACAAAACCCAAAACAGAAAACAGGGCAGGGAUGGUUCCCAGGCCCCGGCAGCCUAACCUCGGGUGAUGCAAGUCUAGUCUGGGACAGGCUGGUCUGGACUGGUGCAGCCUCCCCAGAUGCAGCAAGGGAGGGUUGCAUCGUGCCAGUCACUGAAUAUCCACCAUGUGCCAGGCACUUCCUGUAUGUCAUCUCCAAAUGUUCACAAGGCGCCUAUGAGGUAGGUAUUAUUAUUUAGCCCCACUGUACAGAUGAGAAAACUGAGGUUCAAAGAGGUCAAUGUCUCGCCUUGGACCACAAGUGUAUGAGUGGUAUGUCUUUGUUCUGUACCACAUUGGCUCAGUCUUCUUAUUGGAGCCCCCUCCACUCUCCUGUUAUGAUGGGGGUGCAGCCAGGUGCUUCCUCUUGGGCGCUCAAAGAUUCUGGAGUCUGGCUGGCAUGGCUUGGGGCUUAGUUUCAGGAGCCACGUGAUAGUUCAUAGGGCCUCAGUUUCAUUGGGAAAGUGGGGAUAAUAUUACUACUUUUCUUGACUAUUUGGAGGUUCAACGAGGUCUGUGGGCUUUUGAAUCUGGAAGAAUUAGCAGUGGUCUGUUAGAGGGGGCAGGAGGGUCACUGGAUAUGCAAAGGUCCUGAGGCAGGAGAGAACUUGAUCCAUUGGAAGCCUGUGUGGCUGGGUCAGAGGAAGGAUGUGGCUGCAGGUGUGGGCAGGAGCCUGACCUCAGGACGUUAUAGGUCACAACGAGGAGUGUGGACUUGAACCUGAGGGCAGUAGGGAGCCAUGGGAGGGUUUAAACAGCAUCGUGCCACGGUCAUGUUUGUUUUUUAGGAAGAUCUCUCUGGCUGCGAUGAGGGGUGAGACCACAGGCAGGAGGCCAAGUGAUAAGGCCUUUGGGUUUCAAUAUCCCUUUUGUAUGGAAUGAGGUUGGGCGGUCCGCAGAGCAGACCUUAUCCUCUAAUUUCCCAUAGAGGUUGUGUUUCCAGAUUCAGGGUUUCAUGUUACACAGAGUUAUUCUUUCUGGAAUGUGUCCCCCAAGCAACCCCGCUGGACCCUCUGUGGAAGGAGGGGCUCUUCUGAAUGCAAGAUGCGCGUUUAUGCAAAAAAGUAGAGCAUCGCAGUCCCGGGGCUUGGCAGUGUCUGUCCCUGAAACAGUCCAGCAACCAACAGAUGGAAGAGCGUUUAGGAGUUGGGACAGACUGCAAGCAUCAAUAAUAACAAUAAUAGUAAUGAUGACAACGAUUAACCUUUAUUGAUGACUUACCAUACCAGGCCUUUGUGAAGUCUCUAACAUCUGGGAUCUCAUGGAAUCCUAAAAUAAGCCUGUGAGUUAGCUGGCACUGAUACCCAUUGUACAGAUGAGGAAAGCGAGGCCCAAAGUGGGGAAGUGCCUUGCUCAUGGUUACUGCGGGGCAGAACCAGGCUGCCACCUGUGGGUGCUGGGCCACUUCAGGAGGGAGGCGAGCUGACGUGUUGUUGAACUUUCUGGGAUCCAGACAGCCCUGCAACUGUUCCCAGUGCACAGAAAAGCCAGAAAAUUCCAAACCCAGCAUCCUGGCCUCCAUCUACACUUCAGCCCACACAAUCUGCCCUACAAAGUUAUUCUCCCUGGAAGAACUUGGUAAUUCAGGCUUUUCCAAACCCAGGAGAAGCUUCCAAGUCUAGAAUCCUCCCAAUGGCCUCUAAGGCCUCUUGGCCCUUGUCCACCUCCCUGGCCUCAUCCCUACCUCCUUCCCCUCCAGGCUGCACUACAUGCCAAGUGUACUGGCCUUGUUUCAGCUUCUCAAGCAGCUCCUACUCUCUCCUGCCUGCAGGCUCUGAACAGGCUGUUCCCUUUGCCUGGCAGGCUUUCUCCACUCUAUUCCUAGCUUACUCCUGUUCAUCCUUUCUGUCUCAGUGUAAAUGUCACCACCUCCCAGGAGGCUUCCUUCACUCCCUAUACUAGCUUAGGUCUGUCUACCUCUUACAUGUUUUCAGCAACGUGUGUUUCUCCAUCAUGGUGACAUGGGUUAUCUGUCUUCCCCACCCUUCUCCCGUCCCCGUGUGGUCUCAGGAAGGAGUGAUAGGGAGCACAUCCUCAGUGUCAAGGCAGUGAAGGGGAUCUGUAAGACGGGGAGGGGACAAGUGCCCUUGAAAUAUAACACGGUCCACAUUGCGCUUGCUCGGUGGUUGGAGCUAUGCAUCUCCUCUGUAGACCAGCUGAGGACUCAAGGCAAGAAAUGACUUCUCACAGCAUAAGAUGACUCUGAUUUCUUGUACUGAAUGAGCAUCCCAUUUCGUCCCCCCUUCGCUGCCUUCCCUUCUCCAGGGGAGCGCUAAGAAUGGGGAAGAAGAAAGCUUGGACUCACAGCCCAUGCUGGAGAAGAUGCAAAUGGAGACUUGGGCCUGCUAGAUUCUAGGGGAGGGUAGAAUGAUCUGGGGAAACUGAGGCAGCAGGGUCUUGGGGAUGGGGGAGGAGCUAAGGGGCCUGGGGGAGGGAGAUGGCAGAGGGUGAGGAAAGGAGAGGCUGUUCUCUGUUUCUGGAGAUUCUUUUUUUUUUAAAUUUUUAAAGAUUGAGGUAUAGUUGAUAUACCUGGGGAUUCUUGAUGGCAACCAUAGAGGCAACUCCUGGGGGCGCUGUGGUGUCUCACGCAGUGCAAGAGGACAAGAAGAGGUAGCGGGGAGCCUGGUCUCCAUCAUAAGCACCCAGUGCAUGGUGGUGACCGUCAGGGCUCCAAUCGUAAGGCCUCAAGCCCUUGUCUGCCACCCCUGAGCGGAGGCCAGAUUCCCAUGGAAGGAGGUCAUUGUGUGGGCAAUUGGAAGGUGACAGCCCUGAGGGGACCCCGCAAAAGGAAACCUGUGUUUUCAGGGUGUUAGGGCAUGGGAGCAAUUUUAAAAAUCUGUUUUCAACCAUUUCUUUGAGAAGCUCAUUUCUUUUUAAUAAAAGAACGUUAAGAAGUGCAACACAAACAAGAGCCUUUUAUUUAUUUUUAUUUUUUUAACAUCUUUAUUGGAGUAUAAUUGCUUUACAGCGUUGUGUUAGUUUCUGCUGUAUAACAAGGUGAAUCAGCUGUGUGUAUACAUAUAUCCCCAUAUCCCCUCCCUCUUGCACCUCCCUCACACCCAAACAAGAGCCUUUUAGACAAUAAAUGUUUUCUGCAUUUAGGAAGCGCACCUUUGAGGGGACGGAAGUCUUCAUGGGAGUCUUAGGGCCCUGAGCUCUGAGUUCUAGGUUGUGUGGGAGCCCAGAACAGUCCAGGCUGCCCAAGGAGCGCGCCGGGCUGGGGGACCAUGGUGAUGGGAGAUGAUUCCAUUAUGCCCUGAACAUGUGAGGAGGGAUGGAGAACACCCUGCAUUUGCCUAACAAGAAGAUAUUCCCGGGCUUCCCUAAUGGCGCAGUGGUUGAGAGUCCGCCUGCCGAUUCAGGGGACACGGGUUCGUGCCCCGGUCCGGGAAGAUCCCACAUGCCGCGGAGCGGCUGGGCCCGUGGGCCAUGGCCGCUGAGCCUGCGCGUCCAGAGCCUGUGCUCCGCAAGGGGAGAGGCCACAGCAGUGAGAGGCCCGCGUACUGAAAAAAAACAAAAACAAAACCAAACAAACAAAAAGAAGAUAUUCCCAAAUGUUUUUGGCCAACUUGAGUAUAGAAACUCAAGACAAAGAAACUGUCCAAUGCCUACUUAAAAUAUUAAUUUGAGUUGGAUAUUACCGGAAAAAUUAUAAUAACAAUUUUUAUUAUUAUAAUUUUGGAUGUUUAUAACAGUAACCUGACAAAUGGGUUAAAAGGAGACAGUAAAUAUAAAUAUUGUUUUUUUCUUGCAGUUUCUGAAACAGUUUAGUUUCAGACUCUUCACUUGCAUUUCUUCCUUUUUUUAUUAUUGUUUUUAAUUGUGAUGAAAUCCACGUAACAUAAAAUUUACCAUCUUAACUAUUUUUAAGUGUACAGUGGCAUUAAGUAUAUUCACACUGGUUGUACAGCCGUCACCCAUUUCCAGAACUCCUCUCAUCUUGCAAAAGCCAGGACAUGGAAGCAACAUAAAUGUCCAUAGACAGAUGAAUGGAUAAAGAAGAUGUGGUACAUAUAUACAGUGGAGUAUUACUCAGCCAUAACAAGGAACGAAAUUGAGUCAUUUGUAGAGACGUGGAUGGACCUAGCAUCUGUCAUACAGAGUGAAUUCUGGAGGCUGAGAAGUCCAAGAUGAGCAGAUUCGGUGCCUGGUGAGGACCCUCUUCCUGAUUCAUAGACACCUGUGUCCUCACGUGGUGGAAGGGAUGGCAGGGAUCCCAGUUCUGUGGGCUCCACAUCUUCUCUGCAUCAGACACUUUUACAGGUCUGAUGUCAUGAGUUCUCAAGACUCCCCUGGAGGGGAGGGACGGUGAUCUCCAUAACUCUGAUCGCAGCAGCCCCUUCACUCAGGAGACCUAGCACAUUGAAGGGCCCCAUUCUUCUUGGUGUUUCAGGGAGACCCCAAGGGGUGUAGAACGUGCACCCACAGGUAAGUCCUGGUUGUCAUUUUACUUUGAAAGGAAAAUAUAGAAUUGAUUUAUUUGCAGACGACAUGAUCAUCCAUGUAGAAAAAUCCAAUGUAAUCUACAAAAAAGCUGCUAAAACUAAUUAUUGAGAUAUAAUUCACGCAAGUCCUUGUUGUCAUUUGACAAUUCCUUCACCCUCCCUCACCUCCUAUGCCAUUGCCCUGUGAACAAACUUCACCACUGUGGUCACUGGCCACACAGAGACACUCCUCCCCGCGGACUUCCUGUGCGCUGAUGACCUUGGAAGGGAAGGGGAGGUCAUUCCUCUGGGUUUUGUUUGGUUAGGGGGAUCCGCAGCAGCGCUGCUUGGGCACACGAAGGGGCAGAGUUUAGUGAAGUGAGGCUUCCUUCCGCACAGUUCUUUUUCUCCCCAGGGAGCAGUCAGGAGAGUCAGGAGAGCUGUGUCCACGUGGGUGCUGAGCCGCACUGCCACCCACAGUGCUCACAUCCUGCCCACGCCCCACUCUGCUCCUCAGGCCCUGGGCUCAGUCUGGCUCUUUUCCUCUCCCAGGGGCCCACUGCUCCUCCCGGGUACUCUGCUCCCAUGUUCCCCCAGGCUGUCACAUGUCACACGUCCGAACCCACAGUGGGUGAGCUUCACAUCUACCCCAGGAUGCUGCUGGGUCCUCAGUGGGCGCAGUAGCUGUUGAGCAGAAGCGUGUUGCUGGACUUCGGUGUGGCUGCCCCUCCGCCCCAGUCGGAGGGUCCGUUCCCGUGGUGCAGAUGCAGAGAUGGUGGUUCACAGAGAGGAUCGUACCUGCCCAAGUUCUCACCUCAAGUUAUGACGGAGCCAGAAUUUGUGCCAUUUCUCUCUGAUGCCAAGUUCUGUGCUAGUUCUGCCGUGUCCUCCAGGACCGGCCAUUUCCCGCCAGCUUCCGAAACCCGCGAGGGGAGAGGCUCUGAGCCGGGAGGAGGUGUGGAUUCCAUGGAGAUAAUCGGCCCUGACGGGGCAGCCCUGGAAGAGGGCUCGGGACUCUGCGGAGUGCCUACUGUGUGCUAGGCCCGAGGUAGGCGGGAGCCAAUGAGAUCCCAACCCCCAGAGAUCAGGUGCUGACUGAUCACACUCGACGGAGGAGGAGGCCGCCAAGGUGCAGAGAGGGGAAGCCACUUGCCCAAGGUCACACAGCAGGUUAGCAGAGUGCUGGAAGGGGAGGCCGCAUGCUCCCCUGGGCUCUUUCUACUUUUAUGCCUGAGUUACUGGCAAAGCAACUCAGCCGCCCUGGGGCUUCACGGAAGAGGCACUGCCCAGGGUUCCCCACAGGCCGGGGUCCGUGAAGCAGGAUGGGUAAGAGCGUGGACAUCUCUUCCAAGGGGCUCCAGUCCAAGCCGAGGCCUCAGGCAAGCAGUGUUCUCUGAGCCCUAGUCUCCUCCUCUGUGCAACGGGACUGAUGACAGCGUCUGUCUCGUCAGAGCCGUGCAGCUUGACGAGGGGUGAGAACUCAGUAAUAACCAUUGUUAUUAUAAUAGUAUCACUGCUAGUCUUCCAUCCUACCCAGUGCUACACCCUCGGGCUCACCGCGGGCCCAGGAGCGUCCUACAAGAUGUGUCAGUGCUGUUCCCGAGUGGCAGCUUCUCCUGCCGAGGCCAUGAGGGGCGUGAGGGGGGGCUGGCCUGUGUGUGAAUCCCGACCGCUUGUCAUCCCUGGGAGCAGACCAGGGAUUUCACAAGGAAUCACCCCCAGCCCCUCCCCGGUCGGGCCAGCAGCCCUCGCCCUGCCGCAUCGUCCUCAGGGCACCGCUGGACCACCCAUCCCCUGGCCCAGGCCCUCCCCCAAAUCCACCCUCGCCGUUAUUUAAUUUUUUUUUUCUGUAUUUACUUUUCCCACCACUUCAUUUCAUUCCUGAAAUACACCUCAAAGCCCCAGAUAGACCCAACUCACCAGGCCAGUCGUGAGUCCGCCAGUAAGACCGGCAUCGGACGCGUGAGGACCCGAGGAAACAGCCGAAUCAAAAACCAAACAUGGAACCAAUAAAAUCUUUAACCUGACACUACAAACUUCCCACAGACUUCAGAGAAAUACCUCGAGAAGUGCACGACCUUUUAGUUUCUCCCCAAGGCUACCACCUCCUCCAGAGGGGUCUUUCUAAAAUACAGAUUUGACCUUGUCACUUCCCGGCUUCAGAACCC